AAAACAAAAAAUUUAUUAUUCUAAUAUGGAAGGAGUAAUAUUUAAAUAAUGACAGCCCUUUUGAUCAUUUAUUCGCAUGUACCCACAGUAGCAUUCAAGUAAUGCCCUUUGAUUUCACCUAUUUCAGCUUGUGCUUUAAAAAUUGCUUCGGCUAUUGAUUUUUUAUUAUCACAAAAAAUUAUAUAAUUUUCUUUUAGAAUUUAGAAUUAAUCUCAUGGGCGGUGGGAGGAGAAAGCUCUGUGUUUCCGUCGAGGGAGAGAUUCGAACUGCAAGGGGAAAUCGAAUUCGGAGAAAGGGAACGGCGAGGGCUUGGAGGGACGGAACAGAAGGGGAACUGGGGAAGGGAUGCGUAGAAGUUAUGAUGGGAGCCGUGCUCUUUGUUCUCUUUGAGUGGGAAGAAGACUAGUGGAAUAUGUUCUCUUUGAGUGGGAAGAAGAUAAGUGGAAUCAAGUAGAAAUGUGUUUUUUGCUCUCUUUGAGUGGGAAGAAGAUAAGUGGAAUCUGUUCUCUUUGAGUGGAGAAAAUAAGUGGAAUCUGUUCUCUCUUUGAGUGGGAAGAAGAUAAGUGGAACCAAGUAGAAAUGCGCUCUUUGUUCUCUUUGAGUGGGAAGAAGCUAAGCGGAAUCUAGUUAAAAU